UUUCCCUCUUUUGGGCUUAGUCCUCUCUUCUUCUAUCAGAGUAUUCGCUUUUUGAAAGAAGAUAGAGCAUUAGUUUGAAUAACUUCUUAUCUCUUUUGUUUUUUACCCAAAUUAAGAUAUUUACUAUCUUAUCUGCUCAAAAUUACCCGAAUUUCCAUGUUUUUCUUCAGUGUUCGUCAAAGUUAGUCAAAGUUCUUGUUUAUCAAAAAUUCUCAAAGUAAAUAAGAGUUCAUUUUUCUCUUUGGCUCAGUGCUUCAAGUUUGUGUUAUACCCAAGUUCCACCGAAAUUUUUGUGUGUUUGAUCAAGUAUCAAGUUUUUUCCAGAAAGUUACCAACGAUGUCUGCUGCUAUGGACAAAGCGUUGAUGGCUAUGUCAUUAGAGGAGGUUGAAGAGCCCUUUGAUAUGCCAGACCUUCCGGAAUACUGCUCAAGUGGAGAAAAUGGAUUAAGUUUGGUUGGAAGAUUGUUGAAUCCUGAUUGUCAAAAGAUGGCUAACUUAAUCCUCGAUAUGCCACGGAAAUGGCAAAAGUAUGACAAGGUAACAGGGGUGGCUCUUACGAAGGAGAAAUUUCAGUUCUUUUUCAAAGAAGAACAUGACCUAAUUGAGAUUCUUGAGAAAGGUGUUCAUACCUAUAACGAUUGGGCCUUAGCUAUGGAAAGAUGGGUUGCUAAACCCCCUGAAGAUUAUCUCCAGUUCAUCCCGCUUUGGGUUCAGAUCCGUCAUAUUCCGAUGAAUCAUCGUACUGUUCGUGCCAUUACGGCUCUUGGAGAAUUCGUCGGUCGUGUUGUUGAAGUUGUUUUUGAUCCUGCUAAGGCUCAAAGUCAGGAUUUUGUGCGAGUCAAAGUCUCUUUCAAUGUGUCUAGACCGCUGAGAACUUUUAAGGAGGUUAAUUUGCCUGAUGGAGGAAAGGAAACUGUUCUUUACUCUUAUGAACGCCUUCAGAAAAGAUGCUACACUUGUCAAAGAUUAACCCAUGAACAAAGUGUUUGUCCUCUUCUCAUCAAAAGGAGACAACUUGAUGCUGCAAAUAGAAGGUCCAACGUUCUCUCGGAUAAAUCAAAAUCUGCUGUUUUUAAGGAGAAUGACCCACUCUUUGGAGUUAUAUCAGAAGAUCAAGUUGGGAUUCACCCUAUUACAGGUAAACCAAAGAUUGCAGCAGAAGUUCUUGAAGGUAUGAGACAAUACUUAAUGGUUGUGAAUCCAGAUGAAAGGAAGAUUAGGGAAGAGAGAAUCAAAUCAUCUUUGAAAGAGGUUGAAAAAGAUCCAAUAGCUAAAAAAACUGUUCUGCGUUUAGAACCGCCACCGUUAGUCUCAUAUGAUAUCAACAUAGGAAAGGGGAUUGUUUAUGACUAUGAAAUGGCCGAGACAAACUCUAGAAAGGAUGUUACCGCUUCUUCAGACCAGAAAUUGUUGUCCUCUGCCAUAAAAGCUGGAACAGCUAUGAAUUGGGAGUCGCAGCUUCAAUCUAUUCAUAGCGAUAAUGUGGUUUGCUCUGGUAUGGUUGAUCCUCUAUUUUUCCAGAAUUGUUCAACGGAAUAUGACUCUGGUUUCUCUGAAGCUAGUCCAUCCGGGACAAAACUGAAAAGACAGUAUGUGAGGAAGAGACCUUAUGUUAGCAGAAGAAAGAUAAAAGGAGCGGAGGUUCAAAAUGAUUUGAGUAAAGCAAAGAAAAAUCAUGGUUUGGAGAAAGGGAUCGUGGAUAAAAGGAAGACAGAAUCUGUAAGAAAAAAUUCUCCCAAAGUUGCUAAGACCAACAACAAAGAGAUGGUCCCAAAUGAGGGACCGUCCAACGCUUAAUGAGCUUUCUGUCUUGGAACUAUCAAGGUUUGGGGCGUACACAAAAUUUGACAGUUCCGCGGCUCAUGGAAAUGCGGAAGAUGCAUUUCCCUGAGAUUCUAUUUUUGAUGGAAACGAUGAAUGCGAUGGAUGUUCUUGUAGAUAUUCAAGAGUGGCUAGGUUAUGA